AAUAGAAUUCAAGUUUAUUGAGUUUAAUGUGACCUCUUAAUGCUAAACAAUUUGUUGGUUACCAGGGAUCACAGAUAGCGCUUUCCUGAUUGGCCAGAAUUGGUCACGUGUUAAUGGCAGCUCCCUUGAAAUUUUUUUACUGGCGAUACACGUUGUACCGAUAUUCGAGACAAAAACUUAAAUUGAUCAAAGAUGUGUGGCUAAUAGCCGUAAGUACACUAUUAAACAUGCGUAGACUUUGUUCACUGUUGUAAUUAGCCAACUGAUGUUAAAAUAAUGGCAGAAUUUGUGGCCAACGCGCUAAAUGAAAUCGCACGUUGCAAUUUACAUGGCUUCAAAACCGACACGGAUAGAUUGGUUCAGUUUGCCUUAGACUAUUUUAAUGACGAUGUUGACGUUGAAUCAGAAAGUGAUUCUGACAGUGAUGAUGUGACAGAGGUGGUUAAUGGCCUGUGUGACACACCAGAUUUGGGACCCUUGAUGUCUAAUUUGGAAUGUUUGGAAAAUGAAAUUGACCACGUGGAAACUGUGGACAGUAGUGAUGAUGAUGAUGUUAUGGACAGUCCUGUAGUCAUUGUUGAUGAAACAGUCAACAUUCUAAAACAUGUAGGUGAAGUUGUCGUAUCCGAUUCAGUGAAAGAGGAACAAGAGCGAAUUAAAACAUUUUCUUGCAACUGUUCAAGAUUUAAACAGGGGAAGUGUAUAAAGCAGUUUGAUGUGGAUUACACCCAAAGACUAAGGAUGAACAUUGCUGCACUGACUAAUGGUGAGAAGGACAUUUAUAUGAUGGGGAAAAUUAGCUGUUCGGUUAACAUGUCGAAGAUGACAGAAUGUUCCAAACGAAAAUCACAAGAAGAAAGGAAACGAUUCCGAACAGCGUUUUUCAUUGACAAGAAAGUUGUGUGCAGAAAUGCUUUCAAGUUCAUGCAUUGUAUUGGCAAUUCUCGACUAAAUGAUCUUAUACAUAGAUAUGCGGAAGGAGACAUUGGGGUUCGACUGACAAAUGCUGGUGGAAGGAUUCAAAGCAGACGUGUGCUUACUUUUGAAGACAUAACCCGCAUUAGCACCUUUAUAACAACGUUUGCCGAGGACCAUGCCAUUGUGCUACCAGAACGAUUACCAAGUUUUAAGAGGGAUGAUAUCAAACUUCUUCCAUCACAUGAAACAAAAAGUUCGGUGUGGACAGCUUAUACUGCAGCAAUGGAAAACAUUGGCGAACGACCUGCCAAGCUGACAUCGUUCCGGAAUAUUUAG